GUGAGCUACUAGGUAGGUAGUGUCUGACUUUGAACCUGCUGCAGCUCGAAGUGUUUCCUUGCUCCUGAUGCACGCGCAGGGAUAGUGACCUCAGCUGCAACCACAAACCAUGAAUUACCAACGUGAUGUAUUAGAGCCGAGUCCGAUUUGUCAGUGAAAUCAACAGGCAGUGAUCGUGAUGUACUAUAUACGGAGGAAAGCUGCAUUCUCCAGGUUCAGGUUAAGGCCUACUUUUUAGAUCCCCAUCCUCGUCUCAACAGAGUCGCAUCGUGAUGGCUGAUGACCAGCAGCAGUCUGGUCCUGGGGUCGGACCUUUACCUUCCGCGGUUCAAGGAUUGCAAGGGGAUGAGGCGAAUGCGUUGCAGCUAAAAAUAAAGAACUCAAUCUGCAAAACUGUACAAUCAAAGGUGGAUUGCAUUUUGCAAGAUGUGGAGAAGCUUACAGACAUUGAAAAACUCUACCUCUAUCUCAAGUUGCCUUCUGGACCAAGCAGUGGCAUUGAGAAAAAUGAGCAGAGCGCCAUGUCAUCAAGUCGUUCCCAGCAGAUGCAUGCAUUUAGCUGGAUUCGGAACCAUCUUGAGGAGCACCCUGAAACAUCACUGCCUAAACAAGAAGUCUAUGAUGAGUACAAGAGUUACUGUGAUAGCCUGGGCUAUCAUGCUCUCAGUGCUGCAGACUUUGGAAAGAUCAUGAAGAACGUCUUUCCCACCAUGAAAGCGCGGCGACUUGGCAUGCGAGGCAAAUCCAAAUAUUGCUAUAGUGGACUUAGGAAGAAGGCUUGUGUACACAUGCCAUCUCUUCCCAACCUAGAUCUUCACAAAUCAGGUGAUGGGUGUGAAGUGUUUGAAGCUACUGGUCAACUGUCAAGUGCAGAAGAUGAGGUGCGCAUUGCCGCAUGUGGGUUGGUGUGCGAGUGGGCACAGAAAGUGCUGAGUCGGCAGUUUGACAGCGUUGACGAUCUGGCUCGGUUUCUUUUGAACAGCCACUACAUUGGAACUAAGUCUGUGGCUGCUCUUACUGUGAUGACCGGUUCCCCCUCAGGAGCAAAGAUGUCCAUUCAGUCAUCUGCAUUCGCUCCCACAGCCGAUGCACACUCAUUCCAGCCUCAGGUUAAAACCCUGGUCUCACCCUCAGUAGAUGCCAAACAGCAGCUACAAAGGAAGAUACAGAAGAAGCAGCAGGAACAGAAACUACAUUCUCCACUCCCUGGUGAAGCUCAGGCCAGGAGGGUAGAUGGGGGCAUAACUCCCGGGGGAGGGACAGGCAUACCUUGUGGAAGUCCUGCUCUUCUUUCGCCUCAACCUAUUGGGAUUGUGGUUGCAGCUGUUUCCAGCCCCAUCACGGUUCAGAGGAGUAAGCAGUUAACGUCUCCUAGCCCUCUUCCUAUGGUAGCUGCAGACAGUAAAGUUCUUCCUGUAAACUUUCAAGUGGUUACCCAGUCAGUGCAGCCUGUUAAGCAGUGCCCCAAGACGCCUCAUAACAUCCCAGCUAGUCCUGUAAGCGACCGGUCAGCCCGACAACGGUAUGCCCAAAUCCUGCCCAAACCAUCUGCCUCAAGUGGCAUCACCCUGCGCUCGCCAACCCUGCUUAUCACCAACAGCCCCCUCAAGCCGGUAAUGUCGACGCCGCACAUCAGUUCGGUCAAUGUUGUCAAAAUGACGACCAUAUCUCUGGGCUCUAAUGGCAGUGGUGGUACCAACACACCAGCAGAUACCCCUACCAGCUACAAAGUCAGACCUUCAUCUGCUGGAGUUGCCAGCCUCAGUGAUGAUCCACAGCCAGUUACGCGUGUUCGCAGUGGGUCUAUAGCUGCAAUGUCAUCUGUUUUGGCAAGAUCCGGACGUUCAACCACAAUGCCUGUCAUUGACACUAAAACAAAUAUCGAAGCCAUAAUUGGAGGUGGUCAAGAGCAGGGUGGCACUAGUAGGCUGGCAACUACUUCAGACUCAGUUGGUGGUGUACAACGGUCAGGAAUUCUUAAACCCAGAGCGACUAGCGUACCUACUCCUCUUGACAAGGGCUCUCUGGGAUUGUACAUAGGGACCAAAUGCAAUGGGAGGACACUCCUUAGUGCCAAUACUCUGGCUGCUGGCAGUAAUAAUACAUUUAACACUAACGAAAGCACUUUGUACCAAAACACAAGCAGCACUCAGUCAAUCAGCAGUAAUGCAGUUGUGACGUCACCCAAAGAUGUAGUGUUGGCAUCCAAGAGCCCUCACAAGAGACCUGGCUUAUGCACUGAUUUGAGCCCAACACCUGUUAAAAAAGCCCACAUCUCUGUGCUAUCAGCCAGUGGAUCCGAUGAACAGAAGUCUGAAAUAAUGAUGAAGCAAUUUCCAAGAUCAUGUACUCCAAUCAGGCCAGAAAGUGCACCUCUUACAGCCAUAGGCAAAGCUACUGCAGCUCCGGUCAGGAAUACUGGCUUCCAGACAAUUCGCAGGCCACAAAGCACCUCCCAGGGAAGAUGGGAAGGAGCUUCAUCAGUUGUGGAUUAUAGAGUUCCUGUCCCCUCUUCAUCAAGUCAGGAUACAUCAGUAGGGAACACCAUGUUUCAGACUGUUAGCAGGCCGCGAAGUAUCUCCCAAGGGAGAUGGGAAGGAUCUUCAACAGGAAUUGAAGGUAGAGCUGAGGUCACCCGUACUGUUAGUGCUCCAGGUCAAGCAUUGCUACAACAAGUAACAAAAAACUCAAAGAAUUUGCUUCUAGAUCAAUCCGACUCCUCCUCUGUAUAUGAACUGAAGCGUGUGUUUUGGGAUAGUGAGCCACAAGAUGGCACUCAACAACAUCAAGAAGUCUAUGGUCCGCAAAUGGUGUCUGAGCCAAAGCAAAUGUCCACCCCAGUGAUGGAGCAUGUUCCUGCGAUUGCGCAACCCUCUCCUGCCAACCAACAGGCUCAGAUGAUUGACUAUGGAACCCAGGCCAACGUUGGCUACUACCCCUUUAAUGAUGAUGACAUGACCCAGGAUAGCAUUGUUGAGGAACUUGUUCAAAUGGAAGAGCAGAUGAAAAUGAACAAUAGCAUACAAAGUUUCAGCAACUGUGUGGAUAUUUCACUGCAAGGUCAGCAUCAAACCAUGCAAACUACCAUAAUGUCUACCUUCCAGACUAACACCCUGUACUACAGCUCUGCUCAUAGCAGCAGCACCCCAAUCCAAACACCCACUCCGACACCUACUCCCACUUCGGAGAUAAUGGGAAACGGCCAGGGAUUGAUGCACGAAAGCCCCUGUUUGCGCCUAGCCCCCACCACUCCGGUCGACAGUGCUCUUGGAAGUAGUCGACAAACUCCUAUUGGCACGCCACACUCCAACUGCAGCAGUAGUGUCCCACCCAGCCCAGUGGAAUGCAGGAACCCUUUUGCAUUUACUCCGAUUAACUCCAGCAUCACUGGAUACCACGACGGAAUUACUGUCUCCUCGAGCCCUGUCAAGCCCAUGCAAAGACCAAUGGCAACGCAUCCAGAUAAGACUAAACUGGAGUGGAUGAACAGUGGGUACAAUAACAGUGGUGGGAACUCUAACAAUUGCAUUAGCAUUCUGCCCAGCUACCAAGACCUGGUAGAUGACCACUUUCGAAAGCCUCACGCCUUUGCCAUCCCGGGCCAGACCUGUCAACCGCAAAGCAGACAUCAUGACACGCAUAUCAGCCGCUUGACACCCAUUUCACCUGUCCAGCAGCAAGUGGCAAGCAUGGCUAGCCUCAACAAGAAAGAGGGUUUUGCUGUCCCAGCACCCCUUGACAACAAAGCCAGUACCACCUCAGGGUCUGGAACAUUUCGUUGCCGCAGCGUUAGCCCGGCAGUCAGGCAGCGCAACUUGAGUGGGACUCAAGCUCCCAAUGUUCCCCACUCUGUGGUCUCUCCUUUCAACUCACCUGUAACACCUGAAGUGCUAAACAUCUUUUCUAACUUUGACCCUGAUGUAAGUGUCAGCAGCAUGGCACAGAGGAGUCAGUCCGUUCCAGUCACCGUGAUGAUGCAGUCUGAGGUUCUACCCAUGCAAUCAGGCCAGCAGAUUAAUGCCAAAAAUAUCACCAAUGUCCUCAUCAGCAAAAUGGAUGUCGAUGGAGAUGACUCUGUACGUGGCCUAGGAAUCAACAACAUGCCGUCCAACUACACUGCCCGCAUGAAUCUCACCCAGAUUCUGGAGACCACCACAGUGCCCAGCUUUCCUGGUAGUGCCAGCCACCAAGCUCUGAUCUCACCUUGUUCAUCAGCCUUUGAGUCCCAAAAGCCUGGUUACCUCAUGAAAAAUGCCAGGGAGAAGCCGAUGAGUUUCUCUGUAGACGAAAGCCAAGCACAAUCAGCCUCAGGGGAGCACCAGCCGUCACAACAGCAACAGCACUUAGGAAGACGGCAGCUCCUUGGGCAGGAACAGCAGAGUCAGGCCAUACUGUUGCCUCUACAGCAAAACCUCCAACAACAUCAGCACCAGCAACCAUUGGAUUUAGACCGAACUGUUAAAGAUCUUUUAAAUGAGGAAAGCUUGAAUGCUAGAUCACAGCUUGUGGGUCAAGGAUCAAAGCUCAGUGCUGGGGGUUCAGAGUUUCCCAGCGAUAUGCGACUAACCUCUGAGCUCACCGGUGGCAUAAAUGACUUAAAUACAUUGGACACCAGCCUUCUUUUUGACCCUAGUCAGCAGCCAGGACAAUAUGAAGACUCAACACUGGAGGAACUGAAGAAUGACCCACUUUUUCAACAGAUUUGCAGCGAGACUGUGAAUUCUGCUGGCUUUGACUGGUUGGAGAGUAAAGACCAGGCAACAGUGGAAAUGUUGGGUUAAUUUGUGCUUUUGUUUUGUUUUUAUAUUUGUAUAGGUUUCUAUGUAUGCAUUUUUGAAAUCACAUUGGUGUAUGUAUUCACCUCAUUGUUGUGCACCACCUACUACAGUAAGCCCCUGGACAUCAUGAUACAGGUCCAUAUUGAAGUGCCAGGCUGAACAGAAAUUAUUGUGCUUUCAAAAUUGUUGGGUUUUUGUCUCAAUGGUUAGUGCAACACAGUCUAACCGGGGAGUGCUGUCACAUUUUGCCGCCUCUUUCCCACCAGUUUUGUAAAGAAAACCCACGUCAGAGCUUUACAUAAGGAGUCAUCAGAAAGCUUUUUUAUGCCUCAACGCUGUUUCGUGCAUUAAUUUACGCAACUUUUGUAUAAUCCUUUGAACAUUUUGCAGUCAAAGGGCAUUGUAUUGAAAAUUGGAAAAUAAGAAUUUCCUUUUAACCCUUUAUCUUAAAGAAAGUUAUUUGUAUUUUGAGGUUACACCAGCUGUAUGGGGUACUUUACCUCAUCUAAUUAGCUUUUGUUUCACUCUGUUAAGAAAAUCGGUGCUUCCAUUUGCAGUAAACCAUAAUAAGUGACAACUUUGAACCUAUUACUGUAACAUCUGUAUUGUCCUUCAGUAAACAAAGAAUAAGGGAAGAUCGCAUCAGCUUU